AUGCAGGUGGUCGGGCACAAGCAAAGAGUUAAUCCCGCGGUCCCUUUGCCCCUCCUCUUUGAUGUUCUGACAUCAUUAGGCCAGCCCCCCCUAAGAUCUCCACGUCCCUCGGAGUCCCUCACUUCUACUCUGGAAUGUUUACAGGAGCUCCAUGAGCAGCAUCAGGACCGAGCGCUUGUCAGGGGGAGAACAUAGACAUGCUUUGAGGAAACUUUUGGACCAGGGAUCACAGCGGAUGCCACAGGUGCAGCCGCCGGCCUCCACAGAGUAAUGGCUGUUCAGACUGCGAUCAUGAACCCUCAGUUCAUGAAUUUCUGCUUCCCGGGUUCUGUGGUGGAGUACGACGUGGAGAAGAGUCUGGACGGGGGUCUCCUGGGUGAGGCAGAGAAUGACGAAGACUACAAAGAGACCACCAGGGACCUGCUGAGCUUCAUAGACUCGGCCUCCAGCAAUAUCAAGCUGGCUCUGGACAAGCCGGUGAAAUCCAAAAGGAAAGUCAACCACCGGAAGUAUCUGCAGAAGCAGAUCAAGAGGUGCACGGGCAUCAUUACACCAGGAAACGCUGCUGAAGCCCCAGUGAAACGCCAGGGCUCCCCUCUGGCCCAGCCGAGCCCUUUGCAGAGCAAAACUCUGCCUAAACGCGAUGGAGUCCAGGCCAACCUGCAGAGCAAGAGCCUGGCCGCGCUCUUCAGCCCUGUGAAGGAUAUCAGGGGUGAAAAGGCCAAGAAGCCGCCCCUCAGGCACCGCAACCUGCCCCCCUCUUUCUUCACCGAGCCGGCCAACUGCUCCAGAGUCAGCUCCACGUCUGGGAUGACGCUGAAGGACCUGGAGAGAGGAAACCCAGAGGCGGCGGAUUUCUUCGAGCUCUUGGGGCCCGAUUACAGCAACAUGGUCAGUGAACAGGACCUUUAUCAGAACAUGCAUCUGCGGGUGCAGCCGGAGAUGGGAGGCCUGGAUCCGGCCUCGUACGACACUCACCACUUGGUCGGCGGUCUCCUCUACUCCGAGCCCUGGACUAGCUGCUCUGGAGCCUCUAAGAAAGGCCCGGCCCAGCCCCCCGUCUACUGUCAGUCCGAGGCCGCCCCCCCGGGGACCCUGGAGGACAACGCACUGUGCACUUUGGCCUUCCCCAACUUCUUCACAGACUGCUCCAUACCUCAGGUCACUUACGAUUUAAGUGGUGGUUACAACAGAGCUAAUUAUUCGUCUCUAUGA